UUUUUUGUACGCAUGCGCAAGUAAACAGACGAAAAUGACAGAAGAUGAGAAAUUGGAGAAAUUCACUUAAAAUAUUUUAAAUGUCUAGUGUUCUGGACAUGUUUAGAACACGCACCAAAGAAGGGGAACUAAAGAAAUCCGUACUGAAAGUAUCGGAUCCAAAGAAAGAUGCUUUAACGAGGUUUAAACACCUUCGAAUUGUACUAGAUAACUACAGCAAACUUGAAGCCAAAGAUUUCUUUGAAGCCAACUACUCACACAUCUACUUUAUAUUUAAUGACAACUUCUCGAAUGUAGAAGCAGAUCUAAAGCAAAGAGCUAACAGAGCUCACAGGGAGGACUUGGACGCGAUCCUGUUUGUGUUUGAGAAAAUACUCACCUUAUUACCUGAAUUAAUUCACAAGCGAUGGAUGUUUCACAGCAUUGGGAGAAUACUUAAAAAGUUGUUGCAUCCUGGAAAUGGAUUAAAGAUCAGAAAGGAUGGUAUUCGACUGUUUCUACUGUGGUAUCAGAUACUGAAUGAGAAUGCCUCAGAGGAAUGUCAUGAAAUCUUCCUUCAGCUGGUGCCCGGCCUGGGAAAGGGGAUUCACCAGGAAGUCUUGUACGGAAAAUCUCAAUCUGGAGCUGAGAGUAAGGAGAGUUGCAGUGGGAUUAUUAUAUCAGGGGACAUAACUCCAAUAUUACCUGGGAGUGGAGAAAAACUACCUGACAAUAUAACGAAGCACUACUUUGAUGCCUUGAUUUACUAUAUGGUAUCAGAGGUCAUUAAAGUAGAAUGGAAGAACAAGAGGAUGAGAGAGACUUGCUUUGUGUUCCUAUUUGAUAAUUUCAAGUCCUCUUAUUUGAUGUGGCUUCUGCCAACAUUUGAUAAGGCUGGCGAUAUAUAUAAUCCUAGAUUAGAUUUACCUGAGUCUCGUCAAGUGUCUGAGUUGGAGAGCCAUGACAUGCCAGGGAAUGUGUCGGACUGCCGCUACUCCUUCAUCAAAUGGCUGGCUCACUUUGUCUUCAUCUCCAAGCAGCAUGACAAAGCCAUAGAAAAUCAAGUUCCGGAGACAGUGGGUUCUGAGGAGGACAUAACAGAGACAGACCAGCCAAUGGCGGCCGCAGCAGAGAACAUGCCAGGGAGUAACGCCAGCACACUGUCCACGGGCUCCCACCACUCAGAGCUCGACUCCAUGAAGUCCAGUCUCUGCUAUGAGGAGUGGGUGGACGAAAACGACAUCGUCCGCUCUGUGUUACUGACCAGUCGCGAGAACAUCAACAUCAUUCAUGAGUCCUUCAGACAGGCAUUUCUGUUUUCCUUGAAUCAGUCCAAGUCCAUCAAAACAGUGAUCAGUGUUUAUAAGGACUGGUUUCAGCAUGCUGACCAAAAACCUAUCUUCAUGCAAGAACCGUCCGAUAUAGGCUUAGGUCAUGCUCCAGAUCACCAUAGCAGCUUAUCUGAUAUAUUGGAAGAGGAUUCGUCAGAUGAGUCAGCACCUCAGACCAAGGACCUGUCUAAGUCUCUGCCGUCUUUGGAUUCUAUCAACAAUUCUCGCAUUAGGAAUGCAUCUUACCUGGGCGCCAUUGGGGAUUUAGCGGAUGGGGGGAGGUUAAAUGAUGUCAGAGCAGGCAUUCAGAAAGUCCUACAGGUCUUCAUCGUAAACUCGGCCAAUGUUUUCCUUCUGCAAACAGAUGAUGAAAGUGCCAUGUCAGAACAGGUGGAUUUAUGUAAGAAAGUUAUCAAUAUCUACAGAUAUCUAGUCAUGAAUAUCAACAUGGAACAGAAGACUUGGGAGAAAAUGCUCCAGGUUUUGCUGUGUAUUACAACAGGGGUACUAGGAGAUGUUCCCAUUUUCAACCGUAAACCAACGGAUCUCCAGAAAAGAUUAGCUACUCCAAUAUUUCAGACGAUCAUUGUGACCUGGAUCAGGGCCAAUCUGUGUGUGUUUGUUAGUGGUCAGCUAUGGGACCAGUUCCUUGGGGUGCUUUCCUCCCUGUCAGGCUGGCCAGAACUCAUCAGACAGUGGGCCAACACAAUGGACACACUGACUCGAGUGCUGGCUAAGCAGGUUUAUGGACUGGAUCUAACGGACCUACCGUUACAGCGGCUGACAGAGCAGAAAGAGAAGAGGCGCAGGGGAAAGAGUCAAGAGAUCCCUAGGAACAAAAGCAAUGACAAGAGUUUUUCCCGGUCAUGGAGCAAGAAUGAGCCUCCCAAUGACAAGGCCUUUACCAGCAAUGCUGUUCCUUUUGAGAGGGGGAAAUACAAGAGUGAUGGAGCUGGGGGCAGUAAGUCACGGCCUGACCUCAAUAAGCAGCGGUCACUGAGCGGGGAGCCCUCCCCUUCCCACUCCCGCCAGCCCUCCAAUGCCUCGGACUCUGCCCUCUACAUCAGGAGCAACAGUGACGGCAAUCUGGCCGACCCCAAGGACCUGGUGGAGAGAUUAAAAGGUGUGACGUCAGAAGAGAUGAGAGAGAAGCAUGAUAGCACAGUUAUACCUGCAUGUACAGUGUCAAUCUCCAGCACUUCCGAAAACAUAGAUUCCCCUGCCCCGGAGGAUCUGGAGGUGGCCAAGCUGAGCAUGCGGGAUCUCCAGAGUGAUCCGGAUGUAGACAGUAUCAGUUUCGAGCACUCGGAGCAGGAUACCUCCUACAGGUGUACAGAUUCCCGCUCCCCCUCCCCCACCUCUAUCCACUCUCAGAGCCCCUCCCCCAUCAGUGAGCUGACUGUGCACCCCCAACAGAAGGACUGCCCCACCCCCGACAGGGACAGCCUCCACAUAGAAAUGGCAGCCACCACCACAGAUGGUGGUAUUGAAACCAAAGAGUGUAUCAAUGACAUGAGGAGUGUGUUAGCCGGAGGGUCGGUUCAGGGCUGGCUACCAGACAACGCUGUCGUUCUGUGGAAGAGGAUGCUGGGGAUUCUGGGAGAUGUGAACCAGAUUACAGAUCCAGAGAAUCACGUCAUGGUGUAUGAAGAACUGAGCAAAAUUCUGGAUACUUUACACAAGAUUCGGAACAACCUGGGAGUGACUGAGGACAACACAUUCUCUCCCCCUCCCCCAGACUUCAUCCCCCCAACCACAAUCUUCACGCCGUGGGAAUUUGAGUGUCUGAAUUUGCCUGAUGACUACAAGAGAGGUAAACUACUGGCCUACCAGCUGCUGUGUCAGACGGUGGUGAAGCGACACGACGUCCCUCUGUCUACGGAACUACUGUCUCAGUUCUACAUGUGUCUACACACGGGGAUAGGGACCAGGGACCAGGAGAUAAUUAAUGUCCUGGUGAAACACUGUGGUCCUCGAUUCUUCUCCACGCCGCUACAGAGCUCAACACUGCUGCUCAAAAACUUCAUUCAGGCUGUGGAAAUAGUCCUCUCUUCCUCUGAUCUCAGACAGACUCCACGGUCUGAGGCCCUAUCUCUCAUAGGAAGUCUGAUGUGUUUCCCCAAUCACUACCAGGACCUACAGGUCCUCAAUGUGGGACAGUUGUCUGUGGAGUCCCUGUCCAGCAACACGUUAAAGGAAUGCAUAAUAAGCCAGUUGUUGAACAGUGCAAAGAAAGAGUCUGCUGAAACGGCAAGGUGUAUAGCUUUAAGCAGUAUUGGUGUCUAUUUAUAUGAGGAGCUGUGUCAUCAGACACUCCACUCAAAGCUUCACGAGGCUGUGAUUGUAUUAUUGGGAAAUCUAAGGUGCAAGCACAAAGUGGCUGCAAAGACGGCCACGGCCAUCCUGUCCAUGUUGUGUGAUCAUACCGAUCAGUUGUUGAACUACCACGCAGCUCUCCCCAAGCAUAUUAUAGAGGUUGUGACGGCCACUGUGUCUGUGUUGAUCCCCCUCACAGGAAUAGAGGUCUCCCAGGAGGAGAGGAAGCUGAUUGUGGCCAUGUUGUUCUGUGUUGUGGAGUGGUGUAUGAAGAUGCCUAUUUCCCUCCUACUAGAGACCACCGAUACAGACAGGAGUUGUGUUUUCAAGGUGUUUCAGGUGCUUGAUGUGGCUGUGAAGGGACACAGCACAGAGUCAUUGUCCCAGGCCCGGCAGCUCCUGGCCGGGAUGAUCCAGGACUCGGACUUUGCCCACUUGAGGGAGCUUCAUAGUCCAGUGGGAGACUACAAGUCGGACAGGAAGUCCGGAGAAAGUGACUCCAUACAGUGUGCUGCCAAACUGUUGAUCAACCACAUGGUGAACCACAUGUGUCACUUCCCGAUGGGGUCGGGGGCGUCGCGCCUGUCCUCCUCCAUACAGGAGCACCAUGACAUGGAGGAGCUGGAGGUCAAUGACCUCAAACAGGAAAUCUUCUACUCCUCCAACAUCCAGUUCUUUGUGCAGAAUAAGAGAACUUUAGUUUCCUUCAUUGAACUACCAGCAUUGGUGGAUUUACCUGGCGGGGGUGUGACUGCUGGCCUGACCACCGCCCGCACUGUGUGCAGGGUCUUACUGAGGGACCUGACGGGGAAAUAUGCCUGGGAGUCCUCCAUGUUGUAUGCACCACCCUGGUGUCAGGAGGGAUCCUCCGUCAAAAAUGCCAAAGCUUUACUGGACCUGUCCAGUGCCAGUGAACUGGAACCACUCUUGUCUCACGAUGAACACGACGCUCCAUUAAUGGAUACGGAGAGGCCCAGUUCUAUGAUGCCUCUGUAUAACUUAUCCCUGCCUCAGCAGGACAACCUUAAUGAUAUGUUGCGGUAUAUUGGUCACACUAGCCCAGAGUGUCAUUUGAUCCCUGGGGAGCCCCUGAACCUGGAGGCGGGGACCCCAGAGGGGUUCAGCACAGAGAGUGAGGAGGCCAUCAAGGGGAUGGUGAUACACCAGAAGGUCAAUGAGAUUCAGUACUACAGCAAGCACAAGAUGGAUCAAGGAAGUUUGGGAUUCCAGAAUGUGAAUUUUGAAAUCCCAGAAUGUGAAGAUAAUGGAAUGCUGGCCAAGCCACAGGUGCCCUGUGAGGGGGAGGAGACCACGCCCCCGUUCCAGAUGUGUAGGAUGAUGCUUGACCAGCUGGGGCUGCUGGCCUGGGAACAAAGGUGCCAUUUUGAUCUGUUGAGGAAAAGUGAUAAGCUUUUGAGAGAACUGAAAAAUCUGGACAAUCAGAAAUGUCGGGAAACACACAAGUUUGCUGUGAUAUAUGUAGCGGAGGGUCAGGAGGACAAGAACUCCAUCCUCUCGAACUGUGGUGCUAGCAAGGCGUUCGAGGACUUUGUGGCAGGUCUGGGAUGGGAGGUGGACUUGGAGACUCACCAGGGCUUUUUAGGAGGACUCCAGCAAAACCGAACAACAGGGAACACAGCUCCGUACUAUGCCACCUCACUGACCGAGUGUAUAUUUCACGUCUCCACCAGAAUGCCUUCAGGCACUGAUGAUGCAAUGCAUAUAAAGAUGAGACACUUAGGUAAUGAUGAAAUCCAUAUCAUAUGGUCAGAACACACUCGGGAUUAUCGGCGAGGAAUCAUCCCCACAGAGUUUGGGGACGUCCUCAUCAUCAUCUAUCCUCUACCCUCAGGGCUCUACAGAAUCGAGAUUAAUAAAAAGGCAGAGGUGCCUUAUUUCGGGCCUCUGUUUGACGGUGCAAUAUUGGACAGGAAGGUGCUGCCUGGUCUAGUCAGAGCUACUGCAAUCAAUGCUAGUCGUGUCAAGCGCUCCCUGCUCCCAUUCUAUCACUCAUUUUAUGAGGAACGAGCCAAAAACUUUGAGACAGUAAUACAGCAACAUGUGGACUUCACCAUGUUUGAAGAUUUUGCUGCCAAUGUAUUUGCUCCUGUUCUUCCUCAAAACGCAACAAUUAUGGACCAGUCACAGGACCUUAGUUUUACAGCCAGUAUGACGUCGGUUGACCAAUCACAGAGCAGCGCUGUUGAUCAGGUUUCCCCUGCCAUGCCUCGACAAAGCAGAGCUGGGUCGAGUGACACAGGAAUAUUUGAGAGAACAGCUAAAAGGUUGUCUUUGAAUCGGCGAAAGGCUUCCAAGACUAGUCAACACCAAACACCCCCAGAGAGCCCCGAGGCCCGCAGUAAAAAGUCAUGACACAACAAGGCCCCAUUAGCUCUAGACAAUGCAGCGCCCUCUGUCAGAAACCAUGGACAUCAAGUCCCGGAACAACUCUGAUACCUGUGAUAUUCCUGCUUUUACUCGUGACCCAUGUGUGCCAAAGACUUAGACUCAGUGCUGACUAAGUUUUGCUCAGUGCUGACUGUGGCUUGUUGCUUUUUCCAUUGUCCAUCCCUCAUCAAGUGUCCAACUCACGUUUUCCAUGCUAUAUGUAAUACAUGUACAUGUGUAUAUGUCAAGAAUUUUGAUAGUCUUUCCUUAACUUGUAUCCAAUACAUACAUAUUAUAAUUAUUAGAUUAAGAGGGCUGAAUAGUUGAGGCCAUUUUUUGACUUUAUUUAUCUCUUUAAGAAGAAGAGCUCUGUUUAAAGAUAGCACAAUAUUUAUCUUCAAAGCUUAUUGCAUUACUGAUUGAUAGUUUAGAGCUAAACAAAAUGAUAUCAAAAAAUUUAAGGAAGAUCUAAUGGUUAUUUUUUUUUUACUAUCUAGCUUCUUUAAGAGUAUAAUGGCAUACAAAUAUUUGUUGUUCAUAUUAUUUGUGAAUUGUAGACCCUUCAUAAAUGAAUUUGAUAGUGCUAUUUUGAAUGCAUGCCAGAAUUCAGAGAGCUAAAUGAAAUGUAAAUUCGCCAUAGCAAAAUACAGUUUGUACAUUGUUAAAUGAGGGAUGGACAGUUAUUUUCUUUUUAUUUUGUUUUACAUGUACAUGUAUGGGAUUUUUUGCCAGAGAAAGAGAAUGGAAUAUUAUGGUUUCUGUCUUGAUUAAGCAAUAUACAUUUAUUGAACUGAAAUGUCCCAUUUUUAUUCAGGAAUAAUUAUGAAUUUACAUGUAGUUUUAGGUGCAUAUUUUUAGACUACUCAAAAGUCUGGUAAAGUUGAUAUAUGGAAGAAUAUUGUUUACAUGUUUAAUUGUUGUCAUGGCAGCAAGCAUUCAUAUUGUUCCCCUUCAAUUACUAGGAACAAAUGAUCAAAAUUGAUGUGCAAUAGUAUUUAUGUAAUAUAUAUAUAUAAAGUUUUGUGUCAGAGAA